AUGUUUGAUGGUGACACUGUGCCAAUCCCAGAAUCUGUCUCUGGGGGAUCAAUUGCGCGCAUGGCCCCACUACAUCACCGACUGCCAACUGCCAACUCCCCUUUCAUCCCAAGGCCUCCAUGGGGCGACUCAUUCCCCACAUUACAUUCGCCAGUUUUCCAGCCUCAAUUUGUUGCACACACGCAUUAUGAGGAAGGAGAGGACCAUUUUGUUCGUCGGUGGCAGAAAUGGGAUCAGUACGGCAAGCUGUGGCUACCAGAUUGGUACAGGUCGCCUUCGCCCAGAGCCAUUCCAGGAAUCGAUGACUAUUUCUAUCUCAACGUUCGCUCCAUGAACCAGGGAGGCAACGACUUCAGUUCAAUCUUAGAUUCUUUUCUUCGCACUGUAUUUGUCGAUGUCGACUACGACAGAGCUAUUGAAUACCCUAUUCAUCGGCUGUCUCAAAAGAUGAAGGUGCUUCGGUCCAGAUUGGACGAUGCACGCACUCUCUUGGGUGCAGAUCAACUCCCAGAAGACUUAGCAACCAAGGCCGAGACUUUCGGCUUCAACGUGUCUACUGGAUGCGAAGUGGACGCUGAGUUCGUUGCUGUUCUCGUGAUGCAUUUAGGAAAACUGUUGGAGGUCGUGGAAACGGAAAGCAAGCAGCCGGUCAAGCAACUCGAAGAAUUGUUGUCUAACAAUCAGAUUUCUUUCGACCUUCUCGAGUAUUACUAUGAGGAAGGAAAGCGCUACAUCUAUAAUUCUGGGCUUUUACAGAAUAGUUUAGAUGUCGAGAGGCCUAUUAUCAUGGUAGUCUUGAAGAGUGUUAGCUUCCUUGAUGAUGGAACGGCGUUGCUCGUCGAGUUUGAGCAUCUUGAGUGGGAUGGCGUUCGUUUCGAGAAGCGCGUCAUGAAAUUUGAUCUUCUUGCAUUCCAGGGAACUGAGCCCCUCUCGUCGUUGUUUCUCCAACCCGUCACAGACGAAGCCCUUGCUAAAGUGACUGAGCGUGGAAGACUCUAUCUUUCUUACAGCAGGGUUUGCUGUGCAGAAUAUUAUGACGAUACACCAAUACGGUCGGUUUUCAAUGGCAACUCGAAACCACGGAUGAGGCGGGUGAUGAUCGACCCGGUUGGAUACCACCGUGCCUCGCAAGGCUACAACCCACAUCUACGUGUGCCACUUCCCGACAAUGCGGAGGAGCAUAUCGCGUGCCUUCCAUACUGGAUUGGUGGGUAUGAUCUUGAAGUGAAUAAAUGGCGAACAUUCAAUAUCUGGGAUUUGAAGCCAAUCGAGUAUGAUCAAGGGGCGUGGAGCAAAUUGAUUAUGGACGAAGAUACCAAGGAUCUUAUAAGAGCACUAGUGGAUAAUACUGGACUGCUCUGUAGGCGGGUUAAGGCCAGCACAGUUCAACAAAGGACAGUGCUUCUUAAAGGACCACCAGGAACUGGCAGAAUGACGACUAUUCAUGCUGUCUGCAAUCUCCUCAAAAGACCUCUGCUUACUAUUACUAUCACUGCUCAUGACUCAUCAUACGGCCUUAUGAAUCUGGUGUCAAAUAACUCAUCAUACGACCUUAUGAAUCUGGUGUCAGAUAUUGCUCUGCGCGUAUCGUUUGCAGCUACUUGGAACGCGGUGAUUGUAGUGAAAGACGCCGAUCGUUUCUUGGAGUCGAAAGAUUCAGUACAUAGGGAUCACCUCAACACUGUUCUCCGUCAAUUUGAGUUGGAUGAUUGUAUCUCCUUCUGGGUAUCAAGUACCUGCGACGAAGAACUCUUGACACGGUUUUCUGCCGUCGUCAAUUUCCCUGAACUGGACGCUGCAGCCCGACGUCGUCUUUGGCUCAAUCACUUCGGCUUGAAUGAUCCCGCUACAAUUAUAUGGAACAGCGAGCGCACACUCACAGGCUCCUCCAUCGUGGAUCAGAAGGAGAUGGAUCAUUCAUUACUCCUUCGCGAUAUCGAGAAACUCUCACGGCAUCAAUUGGAUGGGAGGAUGAUUGACAAUAUCGUGCGGACCGCGCGAGCAUUAGCUGCUUCAAACGGGGAACAUUUGUCCAUCCACCACAUUAAAGUGGUCAUGAAAUCACAGCGAUUGGAUAAUCUUCCUUUGUGGCGGAAGCUGACCCGAAUUUUGACACGUCCGGCGAAGGUUCUUCGCACGAGUGUGGUGGAUUAGGCGGAAGUCUCGUUGAUUCGGCGCU